CAUCAUCAGUUGGAUGGAGGCCUCUCGACAACCUGGCAAACCGAACAUCCUUGGCUGCAUGCUCAUCAGCCAAGAGAAUGCAUUGCCUCAUAAAAGAGCUAAUCUUGAAAUCUGAAAGGGCCCGUAGAUCGCCACUGGUUGGGCCGGCAUUGAAACAUCCUACUAGCUAGAAAACUACGUGAGAGGAGGUACCAACAAGCCCAAAGAGAUACUAGUAGCAAUACGAGGGAAGCAAGAGACGAGAGAAAAAGCCCACAAUCUCUCUUUUUUUUUGGUGAGAAGAGAAAAGCCCAACAAACAAGACCAUCCAAUAUACAUAUACCGAAUAAACCAUCAACCAUGGCGUUUACUCGUCGUAACCGGAAACUCUCGAAAGUUGCGAAUUCUUCGUCCCGUCCCGUUUGGUUUGUGGCGCUCCUGGUGGGAAUUUCCGUCUUGGCGUUUAUGCAUCGCUUUCGUGAAUCUACCGAACCACAACUCAUUCUGGCAUCCUCGCGAGCCAUGACAACCCAAGAUGUUGAACCACCACAACAACAGAACCGCAACAUGCUACGAGACGAUGCCAAGAACGAGGCAUUCAAUACGCGGGAAGACGAGCGGACAGUCAUUGCCACGCUCAAAGCAGAGCUGCAAAAGGCAGAGCAAGCCAAACAGGACAACAACAACAACAACUACAAUAGCAAUAGCAAUAGCAACAGAGCAGACAGCAAGAAACAAGAUAACAGCAACAACAGAGCAGUUCCAGUCAGAGAGAGCACGAAAGAAUCCUCCCUCAAGGCAGCACAGGAAAACAAGCCAGAGGAGAACAGCAAAGGAGGAGACGACUCGUCAUCAUCAUUGAGCAAAGAAGAACUGCUCAAAGAUCGCCCCGUCUAUUUCAUGAAGAACGGACAAGUCAACGAAAAGGAUGCCUUUAGCGCUAGUUGGAUUCAACGAACCGAAGACUUUUUGGUCAUGGAUCUGAGACGCAUCAACAUUUGUGAAGAUGCUGCCUUCAAGGCAUUCAAGUACCGUCGACACAGGCUACGAAUGACUUUGGAUUGGCUCGACUUUUCACUCGAACACUUGUCCAAAUGGUGGAAAAUGCUCAAAAUAUUCGAAUUCCAAACGGUCUUUGAUACCGCCAAGACACGAUUCGACAAUUACUUGGCCAAGGCAGCCACCUUUCCCAUGGAAGAGAAUCCCUCCUUUAUUGAAACGGUCGCCGUCAUUGCCUUUCAACAAUACAAGGAUGGCAAACAAAAGGAACAAUCCUAUCAACUCACCAAACUAUCUCUCGCCAGUACCAUGGAGUCACUCCGUCGUGCGGGAAUGGGGCGCAUCGUCGUCGUUGGUCGGCCCAAGGGGUUGGAUCCGUGGGGGGAAGAUUAUUUGGUCUGUCAGGACACCUUUCGGCACUUGAAGGGGUUGGUCGAAGGCGAAACGGUAGCCAACACGACACUGGCCACCAUGGUGGGAAACAUGGAAGUGGCAUUUGUGGAGUUCAAUGAAACCGAUGCCAAAACGCCUCAUCUAGCCAAGAAUGUCCCAAAGGCCACACUGGUGGGGCUCAAGACGGCCUUGCAACAUAGCAUCCAAAAAGAGCCGCUUACCGACCAGGAAACGGAAUUCAUGAAGCAGUGGCUAGGAGAUCGACAGGAACCAACCUACUGGAGAUAUGUGUACCUGACAGAACCAGAUUCCAUCCUCCAGACGCGACCCAGUACCCUCAAAAAACUCAAACAGGAAGUGGAUCUCGGCAACGUCCUGGUGCCGCACCGAUUGCAACCUAUUCCUCACGAAGAUGAUGCCCCCGGACAUCCACGAGAUUUCUUGUUCUUGCCAAAGGACAUUGCACCCAUUAUUGAACUGGAUUCUAUUGGCGAAGGAGAUGCGUGCUGUGAUCAUCACAAGGGACCCGAAUACAAACCGGGACAACCACCCAUGAUGAAGGGAUGUGGAAACUUUUGGUACAUGUGCGACUUUAGCCGCCGGAUUCCAAAGGAAAAUAGAACCCACGACCGAAUUCGACAGUACCCACUCAUCAAGUUGAAGCAGGGAACGGAAAUCAUUAGUCUUGCCGCCUUGGAACACGGUCGACCCUGUUUGCCCAAAAAGAAUGAUGUAUGUGUGCCUCCUGAUCUGGAGGAGUAUGAAAGCCUGAGAAGACCAAGCUAAUAAUGAAUGGGUCAGUUAGGUGGUAUUAUUUCUAUGACAGUAACCGCGAGCUUCUUGUUUCGAAUAACUGAAAAUCCGACAGUGAGGCUGGCAACCAGUCAAAAAGAGACACACCAGAACAGCACCAAUGCUCAUUCUUAUUAUAGAGUUGUCAAACUAGUCUAUUCAUAGUUUCGGUUUCUUUUUGCGGCUGAUGAACUGGCAUGUUUGAAGCUUCGCCGUAACAAAGUCAAUGGGUACAUGCUGCGAAAAUCAGCAAUGUCCCAUCAAAUGGCUUCCAACCACGACCCGCGAGCAUUGGGUUCGUUGAUGCCCUGUUAAAAAUAAUACAAUCUCUCUUCCACCAGCACUCUUGUUAAUAGCUUGUCGUGGUUCAGGAAGAGAGAGAGAGAGAGCAAACGAACCCUACCGUACCGGUUCACACGAUAUUUGCUGGCGGGAGAUCCCAAAGAUCGUGGAAACUGCUCCCGUGGGUUCGCUCCCGUGGAAAGUGAAAUGGCACGAAGAAAGCGAGAAAUCGGA